AUGGGCAAUCGCAGUAGCCAAUCUUACUCCUUGUCAGAAGGCAGUCAACAGUUGUACGGGCAGGCCCAACCCUCGGCAGCCGUGCAGCCUCUCAGCCACCCAUCAGGGAGUGGAGAGCCAGAGUUCCAUCAUCCUGCCAAAGAGAGAAGUCAUCAGGGUUUUGAUGCUGAUAGAGAUGCCAAAAAGCUGAACAAAGCCUGCAAAGGAAUGGGAACUGAUGAAGCCACCAUCAUUGAAAUCCUAUCAAGCAGGACAUCGAAUGAGAGGCAACAAAUAAAACAAAAGUACAAGACAACGUAUGGCAAGGACCUGGAGGAGGUGCUCAAGAGCGAGCUGAGUGGAAACUUCGAGAAGACAGCCUUGGCCCUUCUGGACCACCCCAGCAAGUAUGCCGCCCGGCUGCUGCAGAAGGCCAUGAAGGGCCUGGGCACGAACGAGGCGGUGCUCAUCGAGGUCCUGUGCACGAGAACCAAUAAGGAAAUCAUCGCCAUUAAAGAGGCCUACCAAAGGUUAUUUGACAGGAGCCUUGAAUCAGAUGUCAAAGGUGAUACAAGUGGAAGCCUAAAAAAAAUUCUGGUCUCCCUGCUACAGGCUAAUCGCGAUGAAGGAGAUAAUGUAGACAAAGAUCUAGCUGGUCAGGAUGCCAAAGAUCUGUACGAGGCAGGGGAAGGCCGCUGGGGCACGGACGAGCUUGCCUUCAAUGAAGUCCUGGCCAAGAGGAAUCACAAACAGUUACGAGCCACUUUUCAAGCCUACCAAGUCCUCAUUGGCAGAGACAUCGAAGAGGCCAUCGAAGCAGAAACGUCAGGAGAUCUGCAGAAGGCCUACUUAACUCUCGUGAGGAGUGCCCGGGACCUCCAGGGCUACUUUGCUGACUGUCUGUACAAGGCCAUGAAGGGGGCGGGGACCGACGAGCAGACCCUCAUUGACAUCAUUGUGACCCAGGCGGAGGUGGACCUUCAGGGGAUAAAAGCCAAGUUCCAAGAGAAGUAUCACAAGUCUCUCUCUGACGUGGUUCGCUCAGACACCUCUGGGGACUUCCAGAAACUCCUGGUGGCCCUCUUGCACUGA